CCGCCGCAGCCCGUCGCCGACCCGGCCCGCACUGCGGCCCCGCCGCCGCCACCAUGUCCCUGCACGGCAAACGGAAGGAGAUCUACAAGUACGAGGCGCCCUGGACCGUGUACGCCAUGAACUGGAGCGUGCGGCCCGACAAGCGCUUUCGCCUGGCGCUGGGCAGCUUCGUGGAGGAGUACAACAACAAGGUUCAGCUUGUUGGUUUAGAUGAAGAGAGUUCGGAGUUUAUUUGCCGAAACACUUUCGACCAUCCGUACCCCACCACAAAGCUCAUGUGGAUCCCUGACACAAAAGGUGUCUAUCCAGACCUGCUGGCGACAAGUGGUGACUAUCUCCGAGUGUGGAGGGUUGGGGAAACAGAGACCAGGCUGGAAUGUUUGCUAAACAAUAAUAAGAACUCAGAUUUCUGCGCUCCUCUGACCUCCUUUGACUGGAAUGAGGUGGAUCCUUAUCUUUUAGGUACCUCGAGCAUCGAUACAACUUGUACCAUCUGGGGGCUGGAGACAGGGCAGGUCUUGGGGCGAGUGAAUCUUGUGUCUGGUCAUGUGAAGACUCAACUGAUUGCCCACGACAAAGAGGUCUAUGAUAUCGCGUUUAGCCGCGCUGGGGGCGGCAGGGACAUGUUUGCUUCGGUGGGCGCUGAUGGCUCUGUGCGGAUGUUUGACCUCCGCCAUCUGGAACACAGCACCAUCAUUUAUGAAGACCCCCAGCAUCACCCACUGCUUCGCCUCUGCUGGAACAAGCAGGACCCUAACUACCUGGCUACCAUGGCCAUGGAUGGAAUGGAGGUAGUGAUUCUGGAUGUCCGAGUUCCCUGCACGCCUGUCGCCAGGUUAAACAACCACCGAGCCUGUGUCAAUGGCAUUGCGUGGGCCCCGCAUUCAUCGUGCCACAUCUGUACUGCAGCUGAUGACCAUCAGGCUCUCAUCUGGGACAUCCAGCAAAUGCCCCGGGCCAUCGAGGACCCUAUCCUGGCCUACACCGCUGAAGGAGAGAUCAACAACGUGCAGUGGGCAUCGACUCAGCCCGACUGGAUUGCCAUCUGCUACAACAACUGCUUGGAGAUACUCAGAGUGUAGUGUUGGUGGCGCCAUGGCCACGCGGCAGGGGCUUGUGUGUCCUGCCCCUGCCCCACCCCCAAAGUAAGAAGAAAUAUGUUUCCGGUGGCCAGUAUGUCUUUCAUUGCUUUGCACCCGCUGUUACCAGAAGCUGCUCUAGGAGUCCUGGCCAAUCACCCAUCACUGUGCUAGACUCAGUGCUGUGUGGCGCCCCUCAGCCCAGGCUGAGUUUUAAGAUACUCUUUUUUCUCUUCUCCUUUGGUCCUUCAAUUAAAAGUUUCUGUAUAUUUGUUUGUCAGCCGUUGUGUUAAUGAGCAUUCCAGGCACUGGCUGUGUUUGUGUUCAUCUGCCCCCUGUCUCUGUGUGCUGCGGAGCAGCACUCUCUGCCCUGUCCCCGCCCUGUCCGUGUCAGUGGGAACAUGCCAGUUUGCAGUUGUCUUUCCUCCUGUUAUUAAUGUCUUUAAAAAAUUUCAACUUUGUAUAUUUUUUAUCUAUCGGGCUAAUUUUUUUAUGAAAAGAACUUUACUCUUCCUGGUUUCUUCCUUUGUUUCAUAGUCCUCCCUACUAGCACCUCUUCUCCUCCCUGGUGCCCGGAGCAGCACUGGGCCCUUCAUCCCAGCAGCACUUUGCCUUCUUGAAUCACUGCCUGAGCGGAGCGCACCUGACCGGGAGUCCAAACCGCCUUGGUGCUCAGAAGUCGGCCACCUCACACCUUUUCUCAGCCUGGCUCUUCUCAAGGGCAUUCUGGGCUCCAAAAUAGACAUGUGAAGCCUCCUGUCACUCCCGGAAGUACCUCUGUCCAGCCCCACUGAGACCUGGCGGGCAUGUGCCUGAUUGGGGUGGCUAACAUGGCUUUAUAAAAGUCAUCUUGCAUAUAAAAUGACUUGAGGGGAUAGUUGCAGGAAAGCUGAGCUCAGCAUGUAUUUCCAGCCUCUAGUUGGCAUCUGCUUUGCCUUCACCUGGAAGCCCAGCCCUUCCAUUCCGUGUCUUGAAUGCUAGGCAAGGAUGAUCCUCUAAGCUGAGCGGCACUAUUUUCUUUGCUUAGUUUACUGUGACUGGUGUUACAUUGGCAACUUUGGGUCGACUGCUCUGAGGGAGAGAGGCCUGCUGGAGGGGCACUGUCUCUGAGCGGGAGCUCCUUCAGAGUGUGGGAGACUCGGCUCUCGUAAGGAACGAACUAAUAGGCUGUGAGGAUCCCAGGCCUUCAGGUAAAUAGAUAGCUUCAAAAGAAUCAGAGGCCUCAGGGACAGCCAGUUAAGAGCCCACUGACACCCCUCUUCCCGUCUCUGGCUUAGGUUCUGAGCCGUCCUGGCCUGCAGGCCACAGGGGUCUGUUUCCGUUACAUGAGUGAGUUCCAUGGAGGGGGCUUGUGUGUGAUUCUGAUGUUAAGUGAGUCCUUAGGCAGGCCGAGUUUGGGGGGACAGUUUGCUGGUUUGUUGUGCUCUGUCAAGUGCCAGAGAAAAAUUUCUGAAACCCUCCAAAUUGCAUGUGUGAGAUAAGGAGAGAUUAAGGCUGGUCGUUUGCCCACUUACGCUCUCACCUGCUCUUGAGAAACAAAACUGUUCUUCCGGGCCCUUGAAAUCUUUUGGUUGAGUCCUCCUUUUCAGAGCAGAUAUAUCUGUGUUCCCCAUAGUCACAGCUCUUUGCUUUACUACAGAGGCCUGUCCUAAAGAAAAAAGCGCUUUUUUCAGUCAGGUUAUUUCCCUUUCUACCUUAUUACUGUCUAGUUCUCAUGUUGGGUUUCUGACUUGGGGUUGACCCUCUGCAUUUACCACAGUGCUGCAGUUAGGCAUGGUGUUGUGUGGAGGCGUGGGUCAGAACCUCCUCUGCUUUUCAUUGUGUUUGAUUGUUAGUGUCCUUCUCUGCAGGGCAGUAAGUCUGAGCCAUCAGUUCCUUCCUGAGGAAAAGGGUCUGAAAUGGAGAUCAGAGUGGUAGAAAGGCUGGGCCUGCCCAGACAGGCCUUAACCACACUGAGUUCUGAGUUAGAAUUCCUCUCCUGAUCCGCCCUUCAACCUGGUGAAAGCAUUUGUCACCUGGAAUGCGAAAAACAACCUGGGCAAAGAAUUAGUCAAUAGUAAUUAGACUCUAUUUGGAUAAAGUAGCAAUUCACCCUGGAAGCUAACAACUUUUGAUGUGGGUUUUUUCCUUGUCCUGUGGACACCCAGCCCUGUCACCCUUCCUCAGACCCAGCGGUACUCCUUAUGACAUCUCCCCCCCCCCACUGGGGCUCAGGUGACACUCCUAGUCUCCCUAAGCAAAUACACCUGUGCUCACGGUUGGAGGGAUGCUGGUAUUUUGAAGCCCCGGCUCUCUUACCCUCCCCUAACACCACAGGCCAAGGAGGGCCUCCUGGCUGAGCAUGGGGUUUCUAUCCUCUCAGGAUUUAGAAUGCCUCCUAGCCAGCCAGGCCCCAGGAAGUAGAGAUCUGUUGUAGUUUCAAAAGCAACUGUCAUUUGUUCAGGUUCUCAAAUUGGCAGCUAGAAGGAAUGGGGGGGAGGCUCUGGAUCUGUUCUCCCCCUGCAAGAGAGGCACAGGGGCUGGGAAGGCCUUGAGCUCAGGCUCUACAGGCUGAGCAGCAGACCUUUGACUCACUCUGGACCCACCGAGUCAAGCUGCCUCUGUGUUCUUUAUGUGCUCUGAUGAGAGGGGGGAGCGCUGAGUCAGACAAGCCUCUGCCCCACCAUCAGAGAGCUGAUGUCCGGAUAUAAGUCCCCCCAGGCCUUUACACCAGGAAAGCAAAAACUCUCCUUACAGGAAGGAACCAGGCUGCAAGGUUAGGACUUGAAGAGGGAAGAUACUUGAUAACUGGGUGAGGAUUUCUUAUCAGAACCAGGAUGAACUUUCAGGGAACUGAUUAAAUUUGCAGGGAGGGGGGGACCACCAGGAAAUUUGAGAAUCCUACAAAGUUUUGAUGAUAGUUGGGGCUGAAAUUUUAAGAGGAGAUUUAAGAUGGGGGAGAAAAACAGUAAGGGUUUCUUUAGCCUAAACAUACUAGAAAACCGUAAAGGUCUGGGAAGCAUUUAGACUGUCGUCAUGUGGUCAUGGAGUGAGACCUAGCCUCAGCCUGUCAUUCCUUCUGGGCCAUUCAUUGGGCACUAUGGGGACAGGGAUAACUGGGGGCAGAGCUGAUUUGUGGCAGUGGAGAUUUACAGAGGGUGGGAGUGCAUGCCUGUCAGAACGCGGCUUAUUUUGGUUACAGGUUGGUACAGAGCUGAAGAAGCUAAGGUUAUAAACAGUCAUGCUGACUUUCCCCCUUUUCUCUCCUUUUCUCUUCCUCAUUACCUUACCACUGUAGAGCUUUCUCCCUCUGCUACCUGGGCCUUGAAUUCCUAGGCUGUAAGGUUCUAUAGGAGCUUCAGGGUUUACCAGAUCUGGGAGUGCCAGCUUAGUGCCAUCCCUCCCCAGCUUGAGAAUAUAGCAGCUCCCUCAAGUACCGGGCAGGGCAAGGGACACCUCUGAAGUGGAAGCCUCAGAGAUGCUCCCCUUUACUCUCAGCACUCCAGGAUGGGGAAGGAGGGUAAGACUUGGCACUUAAUUGGGUUUCCUCUGGGAGGAAAGCUGAGUUGGGCAGUCACUAUGGACCCUGCGUCAGGCUGUCCAGAAGUCUCCUCUACUGGUUGGGCCAGCUAUGAGCGCUUUGUCCACCUCUGUCACCCUCUUCUUUUCUCACGGUUGUCAUUGCUGCUAAUGGUCAAAGUCAAAUGCAUGGCCACACAGGAUGGGCCAGGUCCUCUCAGGCUACUUUCUGGAUGUUACUUUUUAAAUAUUAAAACAUGCAGGUGCCUUCCCAAAGAGGCUUGGACUGGUGUAUCAAACCAGAAACAAAUAAGCAAAUGAAAGUAUGAACUCAAGAAGAAAUGUUGGCAGUGUGUGUAACAGCUGGAGAACUAACAAGCACCCACUUUUGGGACAACGCAGUGAAUAUGAACUGGUGAUAUCUACAAUUUAAAAGGACUGUAUCUCACCUUGGCUUGACUGUGGCAUAUACAAUGUGACAUGGAACUUGCUGAGCUAAAGCUUUGACUGGCUUUAGUGGAGUAUGAAUCAUUGGCUCUGGUUCCUGUGUAUUUUAUGACUUUCCACCCCUGCUCCCCUGUCAGUGACUUUCCACCCCGCUCCCCUAAGUGUGAACUUGUAGCAUGAUUGUACAAACUUCUACGUAGAAGAUGGAGAUUUCUUGUUCACUGAAAUGCUAAGCUCUAGCCAAUCAACUUCUGUCUCCUUUAGUCUAGUGUGUCUGAACUUUCUUUCUCAUUAUAUAUUGAAACGUUUCUUCUGUACUAUAGGUUUUGUGGCUUCCCAUGGUCAGGUGGAGAGGAAGCUGCCCCUUGGAGAACUGUACUGUAACCACUUUCUUUUUGAAAUAUUAUUUUCGCAGGACUGACUGUACACAGGGCUUGUAAUAAAAUUUUAACACUGUGCUGUGAAAACACGAUGGUAACUCUCCAUUGAAGGGGACUUCAAAGGCACCUGAAAAUGGAGUGUUCUAGUUAUGACUUUAUUUCUUGUUUCCCAAGAUAUAUUAAACCUAAUUUUUACCCUUUCCUUCUG